GUAGGGGCUAGUGGGCAGACAGGGGGCUGGAUGUGGGCUGUUGGAGACUCCAGGGGGGCAGCAGGAUAUGUGUGUAUGAGUGUGUGUGUGUGUUUGAGUGUGUGUUAAAGGCUCGUCGAGCAGCAGGGGAACUUGAAAACUUCACUGCGUUCAGCGACGGAGAUCUGUGAUCGGAGAGGGUCAGCGAUUGGGAGCUGAAUCGGCUGCUUACAGUCCAGCUGUGAUCGACAGAGGAAGACCGGUCCACUUCUCAACAUUGGAACGAUUUCCGGCCAACAUGGAUGAUUUAGAUGCUUUGUUGGCGGACCUUGAGUCCACAACAUCCCACAUUUCCAAACGUCCGCUCUUCCUGUCUGACGAGACUGCCUACUCCUUCCCUGUUGGGGGUCAGACCAAGCAAGACCUCUGCUCUCCGCCCCAAGUACCACCCACUCCCUCUGAGCUAAACGGACUUGAUGAAACAGAGUCCUUCAGCUCAGCUCAGAGAAGCCCCUGGUCUAGAGAUAGCAGCAGUCCAACUCAACCCAUUGGUGAAGAGGACCACGUAUACAGUUUCCCUAAUAAGCAGAAGAGUAGUGAGUCAUCAGCCAUGAACUCAUCCUUGGGCAGCAACCUGUCUGAGCUGGACCGCCUGCUUUUGGAGCUUAACGCUGUCCAGCAAAGCACCCCUGCCUUCCCCACAGAAGAAGAAGCAGCUCCCCCGCUGCCUGCCAGCAGCGUCAUCCACCACGUCCAGGAGAAUGGUGUCUCUACUGUAGGCAAGGCUGCUCCACCUGUAAUAGACAAGCCCAAACGCAGUAUGGCAGCUCGGGGAAUAGAGGAUGUACGACCAAGUGUAGAGAGCCUUCUGGAUGAGCUGGAAAGUUCUGUGCCCUUACCCAUUCCGACACCAUUGAUUGUGUCAGACGGACAAACCGAUGGACAAGAGGAAACACCAGCACAGCAGCAAGCCAGAAUGUCUGCCUCCUCUGCCACACGAGAGCUGGAUGAGCUAAUGGCCUCCCUGUCUGACUUCAAAGUCCAAAGCAAUUCUGGUUCUCAGUUGUCUCUGAAUCAGGAAGCUGUAGACCCUUCCUUGGAAGCUGGUUCCCCACGAACCUCUCAAUCUAUAGAUCCUAGUAUUGAUUCAGUGGAUACUCUUCUACCUUCUAGUUACACUACUCCUUCAUGUACCCCUCUUCCAUUGGAACUCCAUAUAGAUGAAGAUGGUUGUUCAGCCCCUACAGCUUCAGAUGGUUCCACUGUAGUCAUUGCAUCAUCCAAGAGCCUUCAGUACUCCCAGAUCCAACAGAUAGAUGAUGGUAGCAGUGUCACCUCUGAGAUCUCUCAUGUAGAGAGCCUCAGUAUCUCCAGUACCACAAAGCCUGCUAGUCAAGCUGAAGUCAACAGCCCUACAUAUAUGUCAAUCACUAAUGCUAGUAAAGUCUCAAGUACACUUGGAAAGAGCUUAAGCCCAGUUACUGUUGGCAGAAGUUUUAGUCCAGUAGUUGUUACCAAGAACCCUAGUCCUGUUACUGUGUCUAUAAACCCCAGUCCCAUUCUUAGAGCCAAGAGUCCUAGUCCACCUGAUCUUAAAUGCUCCAAUCUAAAUCAGUCUUACAAGAACCCAAGCCAAAUCCCUAAAAGCUACAGUCUUGUUCCUAUAAGUCAUAGUCCAGAAGCAGCUGCAAAGACCACUAGUCCAGUCACAGAUACAAGGCUUUCAAGUCCAGUUCCAAAAAGUGUGAGUCCAGUGACAGUCCCUAAUCUCUCUAGUGCAGUAACUGUUCCAAAGAAUUCAAGUCCAGAAACCGUUCCCAAGAGUGCUAGUCCAGUUUCAAUUCCAAGACUUUCAAGUCCAGUUCCAAAGAUUGCAAGCCCUGUGACAGUCCCUAAUAUCUAUAGUUCAGCAAGUAUACCCAAGAGUUCUAGUCCUGAAACAUUGCCAAUGACUGCUUGCCCAGUAAUACCCCCAAGAAUUUUAAGUCCAGUGACAGUUCCAAAGAGUGGAACUGCAAGUCCUAAAAGUCCUGCCUCAGUCAUCAGAAAAAUGUACACAGUUUCUGGCACCAGCAGUCCCAGAGCUUCACCAGUUCCAUUUGCCGAUGUACCAUCAAAUAGCCUGUUUCCCCCUCUUACAGAAAAGCAGGGAGGUGAAAUGCUGGAUUUAACAUGGCCGUGUCGGGAGCCUUUAUUAGAUGAUGCUUUAGACAAACUCUUAGCCCCCGACUACACUCAGACGAGUGAGAACCAGCCACCUGCUUCCAUUAUGCUCGGAGAUGAAGACAGGUCUUGGGAGGAGGAAGACGGAAUUUACCCUGAUCUCAGUCGAGAGGGAACCCUGACACCCAUGACUGAGUCCAGCUGGAUGGAUGAGUGUUUCACCCCCUCCACCUGCCCCGGGACACCAGAUGCAGCGCUGGACCUUCCCACUCAGCAGCCCUCUGCUGUCGAGCGGCUAUCUGCUUCUGGCCAACUCAAGUCGGUUAUCCGCCGCACCAAAGAGACCUCCAACGUGCAUCCAAUGUUCAGGGAGGGAAUGUUAAGACGUAAAAUGGGACCGGUCAUUGUGAAUAAGAGCAACUCGCAAGACCGACUCAUUGAGGAGCUACAGGGGAAACUGGGAAUUGGGCGAAUGGAACGCAAGCGUAAGCAACAGCCAGAUGAUUGGAUGACAGAGGGAGUCAUCGUCAUGUCCAACCCACAGCGAACACGGGAAGAAAGGGUCCAGCCACCUGUGGAUAAGAUCAUCAUCCCUCCAGAAUCACCUGCCCCACAGAGAAAAGUCCUCCCCCCUCCGCAAUCUCCCCCAGCACCCAAAAAGCCACCCCCAGUCAAGCAUACUCCUCCACCGCUACCUCCUCCACCUCCGACCCCUCCCCCUCUCCCUCUCCCUCCUCGAGAACCUACCCCUCCUCGAGAACCUCCCCCUCCUCCCCCCAAGGAACCUACUCCUCCCCCUAGGGAACCUACUUCUCCCCCUAGGGAACCUACUCCUCCCCCUAGGGAGCCCACGCCUCCCCCUGUGCAGCCCCCUCCAUCACCUAGCCCCCCUCCCAAACCUGUCACACCACCUCCCCCUCCCAAGGUCUUUGUAUCAGUGGGUUGUCAGACCGAGUAUGACCCCAUCUUCCCACCAAUACAGAUCCAGUCCCAGGGAAAGACUUCUCCCACGGGUCCCCCCAAACCAGCCAACAAGCUGGACAACAUGCUGGGAAGCCUGCAGUCCGACCUCAACAGACUCGGAGUCCAGACGGUGGCUAAAGGUGUCUGCGGAGCCUGCAAGAAACCUAUUGUUGGACAGGUGGUGACUGCCAUGGGCAGAACGUGGCACCCCGAGCACUUUGUGUGCACCCACUGCCAGGAGGAGAUAGGCUCCAGGAACUUCUUUGAGCGUGAGGGGCAGCCUUACUGUGAGAAAGACUACCACAGCCUGUUCUCACCACGAUGCCACUACUGUAAUGGACCCAUACUGGAUAGAGUAGUGACUGCUUUGGACAAGACUUGGCAUCCAGAGCACUUCUUCUGUGCCCAGUGUGGAGCCUUUUUCGGACCAGAAGGUUUCCAUGAGAAGGAUGGAAAGGCGUUCUGCAGGAAGGACUACUUUGACAUGUUUGCCCCUAAAUGUGGUGGCUGUGCCCGUGCCAUCCUGGAGAACUACAUCUCUGCUCUCAACUCACUCUGGCACCCUGAAUGCUUCGUCUGCAGGGAGUGCUUCACUCCAUUCAUAAACGGCAGCUUCUUUGACCACGAGGGCCAGCCGUACUGUGAGGCGCACUACCAUGAGCGGCGUGGCUCGCUGUGCUCUGGCUGCCAGAAGCCCAUCACCGGUCGCUGCAUCACCGCAAUGGGCAAGAAGUUCCACCCAGAGCACUUUGUGUGCGCCUUCUGCCUCAAGCAGCUUAACAAAGGCACCUUCAAGGAGCAGAACGACAAGCCCUACUGCCAGGGCUGCUUUGUUAAACUCUUCAGUUAGACUGUGUGAUUGUGUAUAAAUGUGUGUGCACGCGCCUCUACACAUUUAUUUACAUGUCUGAAUGCACGUGUGGAUGUGUGUGCACUCACAUGUCUAGCAUGUAUGAGUCAGUGAAGUAGUUUUUCAGAAUGAGGGCGUUGGUGCACUAGUGAAUCACAUCAUUAGGGUGAGAAAUGUCUUCUUCUAUUGACCCUUCCCUGGCUGUCCAACCUCUCAGGCUUGGCAUUUCAUACUUUUUCUGAAGACAUUUUUAACAGAGCCCAAAGAGAUUUUCAUUUAGUUUUUCUCCUGUGUGCAGCAAAGAAAACACGCUAAUUUACCCAUGUGUGUGUGCAUAUGUGAGCAUAUGGGCGUCCUCAGAGCCUUUAUUUGUAAAUGAUUUAAUUCCCCCAAAGCAGGCAAGACCUAACACCCUAUGUUGGUUUUAUGCAGAUGAGACAGCUGCUUGAUUGCAUGGACCAUUGACUUAAACAGUUUUAGAAUAUUUUGAGUGUUCAAUACAUAGUGCUUGGCCAAUGAGUGUUGGAAUAAUCUAUGAAAAAUAUGUAUUUUUGUAGCUUCGGAAACUUUAAAAAUAACCAUGAUAUAUGUACAUUCAUACAGACAGAGACACACACACACACACACACACACACACACAGAACUUCUCCUUCUUUAAAAUACCAGUUCAAACUCUGCACACUCCAACCACAGAUCUCUUGAUGAGACCGUCUUAAAGUGCAUUUUACAGGUGUCUGCAAGAUAUUAGCUAGUCCUUAUUUUUCUACUAUUUUACUAUGAAAAUAAACCCAGAUGUUUUCUCAGUUUCACCAAACAUUACACUCACAUUUCUGCUCUUGUACGUUGAUUAUUUCCCAUUGGGAGUGAAAUCAAACUUUAGAAAGUCACUAUAUUGAACUUUUGUAGCAACUUGGAACUUCAUUUUUACUUUCCUACUGCAAAGUGUGUACUGUGUCAUUUUACAUUAAUAAUGUUGAAAUAAAAUGAAACGGUUGCGAUUGAUGAUGACAAAAAGUAGGUCUUUAAGAAUAACAUAUGUACUAUGGUUAUUAAUGUUGAAUUUAUGGUGCAAUUUAAAACAAGCCAAAACAAAGUUGAUUGUCUUUACUCCAGAUUAAAAGUGGAGAUGUUCCUGCUGUAUUUACCCACACAGAAUAAAUUCAGAAGAAUUCAAUUCAGAACAAAUGAUGCUUCAGUUUAACAUCUUUCUCAUAUUUUACUAUUGCUACUAUUGUGAAUUUAUCACUGUAUUUAAUCUAUUAAUAAGGCUGGUGCGACAUUUAAAAUAUGGUUGUGCUUUUGGAUUAGAAGCAUGCUUUCUUUUAUGUGGAGUUUUAUCAGCACUAGCUGCCAGUUGCUGUUACAAUCAGAAUCUAAAUUUGUACACCUGUAAUAUGCUCGACUUUGUGACUGAACUGUGUUUUGUCGCUGUUUGAUGGAAAUAUAUAUAUUUUUGAGCUGUUUGGGCUCACACUGAUAUGCAAAGAGCUGGCUCUAAUGACAUGUAGGCUAACAAUAGUUGAUCAUGUUCUCACACACAACACGUACCAGCUUUGAUUCCAGUGUGUCAGGAAGCGCAGCCCUCUUUAUUUUCAUUAUGAGUCAUAAGCUAUGAUCCUGCUGUCUGAGUUGAUAUCAGCACUUUGCUCACUGAUGGAAGCUGGAUGUUGGUGUUAGCUGGUCAGGAAUCAGUAUACAACACCAAGCCAGGGCCAAGCAUCUAGCCACAUUUAUGUAAUGAUUCAUUUCAACUUUAUUUUACUUGUAGCUCUGUUUUGUCACAUAUGAGACAAUGAGUGAUUUUUGAUUUGACAAUAUUGCUUGUCUUUAAUUUGAUCACUAUGUGUGCACCUAGUGAAUAUGCAGUAUCCGCAUUGUUUUUACUUUGAGAAAAUGUUUGCUUCUGUGCCAAAUGUGUCAAUGCAAUAAGGUCUUAUACACUGUGGAGUUCUCAACUUUUUCCUGUGAUUUGACUCUUUAUGUGCUUAACUCUAGGAGAGGCUUUGUCUGCUGUGGUGCAUCUUAACUCUGAACACCCAAAAGUUUACACUGUAAUAGACAAGCCCAGGAGAAACUGCCUGUACCGAGUCAUUCAGCAGACAGUAUAGUGUACACUUGUAGCUGUUUCAGAUUUACAGGAAGUAGCAGGGGUAAAUGAACAGAUGUGACUUCAUUUUGCCCCAUGUAUAUUUAUCUGCUUACAGUAUAUUGCCUUAUAGUUUUUGCUUCUGUAAAGAAUUUGUAAAAACAAAACAAAAAAAAAAAUCAAAGCCUUUUACUGUUAAUGAGAUAACGUGAACUUUUGCUUUGUAAAUGGAGACAUUCAUGGGAUCUUUUACCAUUUGAAUUUUUUCAUGAUCCACAAAUUUGACUGACUGUGUGGGUGGGGUGUAUGUGGGUCCUGAUUACUGAAUGAUUAUAUGAAUGAUUAUAACUGCUGCAAAUAAAAUAAGAACUUUAUUUCUGGCAUU